AACAAUUUGACAAGCCGACGACCGCCUAUAGAAGAGGGCACGACGACAGCAUAAUACCAUACUAUUAUCUAAACAAUCUCUACCCUGAGUAACUCUUUUCCUUUGCUCAAAUCGUAUAUUUUAACUAACAAAACGAACAAUAAGAUUACCUACAUAACAUACGUCGCGGCCCAACUAGUUGAUGAAGACACAUUAUGCUCCUCACCCACCUAGGGCUCAUUGGGUUUAUCCCGUGGAUGAGUCCAAAUGGCGAUCAAGUUCUGGAGCGAACGAUAAACAAUGAUUAGUUCAUGAAUACUUCGUCUGUUUCAAAACGAUGAUUCUGUAUCGAUACUCAAUACCUAGUAUUCGCUGUUCGGCAACUCAUCACCAUGUUUUGCCUACUCCCAGAGGUGUAUAAAGCCCGAGCCAGCCCUCAAGAAGUCGUUUAUCAUCAUCGUACUCACUCUUUAUCCUAAGCAAGUAUCUAGAGUUCCUAUUAUCAUUCUACGAAAAACUUCAGAUAACCUACCAAGCCUCCUUUUUCGGCUUUAUUUUUCUGAUUCUUAAUCGGCUACUCUACUCAUACUCUAGCUUCAUUGUCAUAUCAAGGGUUAUGGACGCUCAACAAAGAGUCAACGGCCCCGCCAACGGGAACCCCCGCCCGGGCAGCCCAAUGCCGGUAACUGGAGCCCCUCUGCUUCCGGGAGUACCAGAAGGUACUUACACCGGAACUGUUGCCGGCCCACCACCAGGUCUCGUACGAGUCACGCAGCCUAAACAGGUAACCUACCAGGUAUACCACAACGAGCUAAGAGGUCGCAGUCGUUUCCUUAGAAACGAACACGCUCCCUUAUUCGGCGACAUCGCCAAGUUCUUAUCCACAGGGCAUGACAUUUACGGUAAUCGUAUCAUAUUGAACUUGACGUGUGACAUCUGCCGCACCGAACAACUCGAGGUGCCGCCCACGGUAACCCCCUCCCGGCGGCCCGGUGAGCACAAUCGGCUCGAGCAAAUGCUUGUACUACCCUGUGGGCAUUUCUUCGGCUUCACGUGCAUGCAGGCAUGGAUCGCUGCCUGUAAGGACAGAAACGCAGUCCCGAACUGUCCUGCAUGUAGGUUCGACCUAUGCUACCCAGAGUGUGAUCACGAUAUCCGCCUUCUACCGUACAUGCCCGACUUACCCCGGGAAAUACAGGUCCCCAUGACAAUCCCAGAGGGCGGAGCUAUCCCGGCGCACUGCGAACACUGCCGCCUCCAGUACGUCGCGAUGCUAUCUCGGACGUUGGCUGACACUUGCUUCCCCGCAGCCCCGGAUGCUGUGUUCAGGAACCCCGACCGGUGUGGGCCGGUGCAGUUUGAGGCUGCAAGCAUGCACUUUCACCAGACUGUUAUGGAUACGUACCUUGAGUCUAAUAGUAGGGUAUUUACAUGGUGAGUGAUCAAUAUGAUUAGGAUCUAAGGUACGUGCCCAGGUGGGCAUUGGAAAUUAGAGCGGAGCCGAGAUCAAUAUCUCUACCAUGAGUUGCAUUUUCAUGCAUUAUAGUUCACUACCUACCUAGGUGGGAGCUAGUUAUCUACUCAAGUUUCCUUUAGGGAUUGCGUCAGAUUAUAUCCAGGUAGGGUAAAAGUUAAGUCUCGGGAAUAGUAUCAAUGAAUA